GUGAAGUUAAAGAGAAGUGUUGUAAAAAUGGAUGUAGAUGUAACAGACAAUACUUUAGAGGAGUCAUUUUUUGAAUCCAAGAACUUCUGUGCUUCUGCAAUAGAAACAGUGUUCAUCAAAGAAGAGCUUGAUGUUCCAAGUGUUGGUGUCUGCACACAACCUGAUGCCAUUAUUGGCAUCAAACUCGAAGAGGAGGUAGUUGAUGUGAAGACCGAGCUUGACUGGAAUGAAGCCCUGAAUCCUGAUCUCAUCAAGCAAGACAAAGAUGGGUCAGCAUCAGGAGAGGCUGCUGGUGGCGCUGAUGGUUGUGAAGUGUGCAGCACAAAGCAACACAUCUGGCUCGGGUGUUCCCAGUGUGGAUUGGUGCCUGCAGGUGCAGGCCAACUGCAGCAGCACAUUGAUUUAGAACAUCCUGCUUCAGGACCUGCUAACUGCUCUAAAUACACCUCUAGUUCGGGAAGUGUACUACCGAAGAAAAAAAAGGACUACACAAGAAAAUCACUUCAAGAGCAAAUCAACUCCAAUUAUUUGAGAAGAAUUAAACACCAAUGCAAAUUCUGUUUGAUUUCAUGUGCUACUGAUGCUGAUCUCGAACAACAUAUUCUCUUGCUUCAUCCUCAAAAAAAGAAAGGGAAAAAACCCAUGGGUAAAUACAUGGGUGGUUGCAAAAAAAUCUUGCAAAAGCAUUGCCCUCCUAAACGUUCAUCAAUGAAGAAGUUUUGCUGCUCUAAGUGCGAUUAUGCUUGCACCAGAAAAAGACAAUUAGACAGUCACUGUCUAUACAAACAUUCAACAAAAAAACCUUUUCAGUGUUCAAAGUGUAAUUAUGCUUGCACUACAAAAUUGAACUUGGAACAUCAUAUCCUUUGCAAACAUUCAACCAAAAAACCUUUCCAGUGUUCCAAGUGUGAUUAUGCUUGCACCACAAAAAUAAACUUGGAAUAUCAUUUCCUUAGCAAGCAUUCAACAAGCAAGCCUUUUAAAUGCUUUGAGUGUGGUUACACUUCCAACAAAAAAAAGCCCUUAAGAAGUCACAUUUACUUCAAACAUUUUGUCAAGCCCAUUCAGUGCCCUGAGUGUGAUUAUUCUUUUAUCACAAAACAAGUUUUGAAAAGACAUUUUCUUCUGCAGCAUUCUACAGAAAAAGCCCAUUAGAUGCACCAUUGAGUGGGAUAUGUGUAUCUAAAAUGCAUACAUAUUUGAACAGCACUUAAUCUCCAGAAUCCAUCAAAAAGCAUUUCAGUGGCUCAAGUGAAGAGGCAUGUGGAUGGAGGGAGCUAGACACAGAAAUCAAGUGCAUAACAUUUGAUAUUUUGAGACAAUAGGACCAAGCUAUGUAGAGUACCUAAACAAAGAUGACCACUGCCGUGAAGGAAUAGGGGCGCACCUGUUCAGUGUCCCUCAAAGGUGGCAAUAGCUCAGAACGGUGUGGGUAUGGAAGAGAACAAGAAUGCCUCUCACUUGUUGGGGCUUGAAUGCUGUUCAUUGGAAUAUCAGCAUCCAUAUUUCUUGAAGACUUCAUUUCGGGCCAAACUGUUGCAGUUACCCCCAGGUUUACUGACUGAUGGUUACUAACUUUGCUGCUGGUUUUCUGAUACCAGAAUACACUCUUGCAUUGUUGUACAAUUGAUUGACCCUCCAGUCAUUAAGUGACUGUGCAAAACUUUGGUUAAUUGAAUUUCAUCUUUUGUUGGUGUCAACGUUUGUCGAUGCUAAACUAGCCCCAACGUAAUGAUGACAUAAAAUUUAAGAUACUGGGAAGUGAUUUUAUUUUAUUAAGUGUCCUAUUUCCAGAAAAUGAUUUGUUCAUUAAAUGGGAAUCAAUUUAUUUUUAAUUUUGCUGCUAAAGGACUGAAUCCUUUGUUACGGUUCCUAAAAAUUUAAAUAAAAUAUUGUAUGCUGAUAAUACUGAUACAUGGCUUAAAAUACUGAGUAUUUUAAGGCGUGCUUGCCUGGUGUUCCUCAGCUCUCUUUCUUUGUAUUGUAGGUAUGCAUUACAUUUCUCUUGAUGGUUAUUAUAACAUUUAUUUUUGUAACAGUUUUGGCAAACCAAAAUGUGUCCAUUUUCCUCAAAAAUAUUCAAGUUCUUAGCUAUUCCAUGUUUACUUUUAAUGCUCGAAUUUACUCAUAAACUGUCUUUCUCCUCAGUUAUUCUUAAUUUAUAGACAACUCUAGCAGUGCCAGAAUUAUAUCAAUUGAUCCUUUGUAAAAAACUACUAUGUAU